AUGUUCGGCAUAAUAUGUAGGACGAACGAAGAGACAGUUCUCACAAAGGAUCAGAUAAAAACAAAACCGGCUUGGCUUAACACGGGUUGCAAGAAAACAAUAACCGGUGCGAUUGUGGCCCACAUCGCUGAUACCGGGCACCAGCCAGACAACGAUGCAUUUGAAGUCACUUACAAAGUGCCCCGAGACCGGUCGAAGUACGUUCUGAAACGUCACUUGGCAACAGCAAAAUCUGUAGCAAUCAAUAUCAUGAUCCCACCACAGUAUACACAGAAGAAAAUGGUAGUCGCAUUCCAGUUGCCUGGUCCCAACCAGACCUACGUGAUGAUCCGAACCGUAACCUUAGUCACGUGGUGA